UUAUAUCCACAUCUGGUGGCAGGGUCUGGGGAAGGGGCGGCAGGUGCCAUGUCAGGCCGUGAAGGUGGUGAGAAGAAGCCCCUGAAGCAGCCCAAGAAGCAAGCCAAGGAGAUGGACAAGGAAGAUAAGGCAUUCAAGCAGAAACAGAAGGAGGAGCAAAAGAAACUCGAGGAGCUAAAAGCAAAGGCCACGGGGAAAAGCCCCCUGGCCACAGGUGGAAUUUAGAAAUCUGGCAAAAAGUAAGCUGUUCCUUGUGCCUGAGGCAAUGAUGAUCCUUAGUUCCAUUCCUGUUUAAACAUCUGGAUUAAACAUCUGGAUUCCCUGCCAUAACAUCUGUUGCCACCUAUAGCUGGAAUGAAGUGUUGUCUUGGAACCUAUUGUACAUUUAAGAAUAAACUUCUGUGAAAAAAACCAAAAAACAAAACAAACAAAAAAAAAACUGAUAAACUUACAACUACUGUACCCUUACAACCAUACUGAUUUUCAC